AUGUUCAAAUAUCGGAUCCGAAUGUUUUUCAACGAACUGAAAGUGCUGGUUUUUAUGCGAGACGAUUCGAGACAGCCCGACAGAUCCGACGCAGAUAGACGGUCCAGCAUGCGGGGUCUAGGGAUGGGCGGCUGCGGCUGGCCUCCCUUUGUGGACUGCUCCUCCCGGGAUGACGAGGAGGAGUAUUACGGGACGGAACCUCGACCUCGGAGCCUGGGCUUUGAGGAGAAGGACCCCAAACUGCAAGUGGGCAUGGACACCGUAUCACUCACCAGCACCGCAAGCAGCCUGCGCUGUCGUAUCUGCUUCCAGGGCCCAGAACAGGGAGAGCUGCUGAGCCCGUGUCGCUGUAAGGGCUCUGUGCGCUGCACCCACCAGCCCUGCCUCAUCCGCUGGAUCAGCGAGAGAGGCUCCUGGAGCUGUGAGCUGUGCUACUUCAAGUAUCAUGUUCUGGCCAUCAGCACCAAGAACCCACUGCAGUGGCAGGCCAUCUCCCUGACGGUGAUUGAGAAGGUCCAGAUCGCUGCCAUCAUCCUGGGCUCCCUGUUCCUCAUCGCCAGCAUCUCCUGGCUCAUCUGGUCGUCCCUCAGCCCCUCGGCCAAGUGGCAGCGUCAGGACCUGCUCUUCCAGAUCUGCUACGGCAUGUACGGCUUCAUGGACAUCGUGUGCAUCGGCCUUAUAAUCCACGAGGGCUCAUCAGUGUACCGAAUAUUCAAGCGUUGGCAGGCUGUCAAUCAGCAGUGGAAAGUAUUGAACUAUAUAAAAGCCAAUGACUUGGGGGACCCGCUGAGUAGCAGUAAGGGUGGGGGCCGGGGCUCACGAAGUAACUCCCAUGGCCUGGGUAGUGGCGGCAGUGGGAGACGGAACCGGAGGUUCAGGACUAUUCUGGACCACCACUGUGGCUACACAAUCCUGCACAUCCUCAGCCAGCUACGGCCCCACAACCCACGCUUUGGCUCCACGGCCAACCGGGAAGUGGUGAUGAGGGUGACAACGGUAUGA